AUGCAACUCAUGGGAUGUAGUCGAAGCCUGUUUGCUAGGUUUAAUGUGGCGUGCAGAGUGGGGCUUUUUAAUGUUUCACGCCCAGCCACCACCAGCUACCUCAACAACAGGGAGUGGGAAGACUACUUCGACAACAAGGGUAUUAUUCCUUCUAUGACCUCAGCGGCGACGAGCCGACGAGGUUUUCAAGGGAGCAGGACGCUUGCAGAUAUGUUCGUACCUCCUAUUGGUCCUCUGAAGACUUUCCAGGACCUGAUUGGUUCCGAUUAUGAAAAGCAUACCCAACUUACCGAUGGUUCUAAAAACCAUAUGCAGGUUUAA